AUGCCACCACAUAAUCUUCGAUUAAAGAUUGGUUCCCCUAUUAUUCUCCUCCGUAAUUUGAAUCCACCUCAAUUAUGUAACGGUACGCGUUUGGUCAUCAAAAAGAUCACCGGAAACAUUCUUGAAGCAACCAUUUUGGCUGGGAAGUUUAAAGGAAAAGUGGUCCUGCUGCCACGUAUUCCGAUGAUACCAUCAGAUUCUACCAUACCCUUCAAAAGGCUACAGUUUCCAAUUCGUUUAGCUUUCGCCAUGUCUAUAAAUAAAUCUCAAGGUCAAACAAUGUCCAUUUGUGGUUUAGAUUUGGAAAAUCCAUGUUUUUCUCAUGGGCAACUAUAUGUUGCGUGUUCACGUGUUGGGAAACCGUCGAAUCUAUUUGUGUUAGCUAAAGACAGGUUAACCAAAAACAUUGUGCACCAAUUGGUGUUACAUUGA